AUGUCCUUCCACAGUGAAGAUCGUUCAACAUGGACGACAUGCGGGCUCUUCCUUAUUUUCCAGGCCGGAUUCGCUGGAGAUAAUGAUCCGAGUGCAUUUCCCAGCGUUGUUGGUCGUGCUCGCCAUAAAGGUGUGAAGCUAAUGGCCGACAGGGAUGAAGCCGUUGGUUAUGAAGCCACGGCCCAGCGUGGAGUUUUGACGCUGAAGCAUCCUAUCGAGCAUGGUGUUGUGACGAACUGGGAUGACAUGGAACAUAUUUGGCGCUACGCCAUCUACAAUGAGCUUCAUGUCUCUCCAGAGGAGCAUCCGGUGCUUUUGACUGAGGUUCCGCUGAAUCCCAAGGCGAAUCGCGAGAAGAUGGCGCAAAUUAUGUUUGAGACAUUCAACGUGCCGGCGACAUAUGUCGCCAUUCAGGCCGUGCUCUCCUUAUAUGCCAGCGGUCAUACCACUGGUAUUGUUCUGGAAUCCGGUGAUGGUGUGACCCACGCUGUCCCCAUCCACGAGGGUUACGCUCUGCCAGAUGCGAUUCUCCGUUCGGAUCUUGCCGGUCGUGAUUUGACUGAUUACCUGGUUGUGCUCUUCAGUAAGAGGGGUUACUCUUUCACCACAUCCGUCCAGCGGGAAACAGUGAGGGACAUCAAGGAGAGGCUCGCUUACGUUGCCAUUGAUUUCGAGCAGGAGAUGGCGACUGUAGAGAGCUCGUCUACUCUGGAGCAGAGUUAUGAGCUUCCUGAUGGCCAGGUGAUUACGGUUGGUUCUGAGCGGUUUAGGUGCCCAGAAGCGCUCUUCAACCCGUCGCUGGGUGGCAAGGAAGUCCCGGGUAUCCAUGAGUUGUGCAACGACAGCAUCAUGAAGUGUGAGGAAGGUAUCAGGCGGGAUUUGUACAGCAACAUUGUUCUCGGCGGCGGUACCACUUUAUUCCCUGGAAUCGCUGAGCGUGUGACCAAGGAAGUGACUCAGCUGGCUCCAGCCAACUACGUUAAGGUGGUUGCUCCACCUGAGCGGAGGUACAGUGCAUGGAUUGGUGGAUCCAUGUAUGCGGCUCUGAGCACAUUCCAGCAGGUAUGCGUUUUCUGCAUUUUCUAUUGCUAUGCCUUCCUUGGUUCUAUGCGCUGA